AUGUCGGACAAAUUGACGAGGAUUGCCAUUGUCAACAGCGACAAGUGCAAGCCAAAAAAAUGCCGUCAAGAAUGCAAGAAAUCAUGCCCCGUCGUCCGAACAGGCAAACUUUGCAUUGAAGUUACCCCCGAGUCCAAAAUUGCGUAUAUUUCGGAAAUGCUGUGCAUUGGUUGCGGCAUCUGCCCCAAGAAAUGCCCAUUCGGGGCCAUUCACAUCAUCAACCUGCCCACAAAUCUUGAAACCCAAGUCACCCACCGAUAUUCGGCAAACAGCUUCAAGUUGCACAGACUGCCUAUGCCGCGGCCUGGUCAGGUUUUGGGAUUGGUGGGGACAAACGGUAUCGGAAAGAGUACGGCCUUGAAGAUUCUCAGUGGCAAGUUGAAACCCAACUUGGGUCGCUACGACAACCCACCAGACUGGGAAGAGAUUCUGAGAUACUUCCGUGGAUCUGAAUUGCAGAACUAUUUCACAAAGGUGCUCGAAGACAACCUCAAGGCCAUUGUCAAGCCACAAUAUGUGGAUCAACUACCGCGAGCCAUCAAGGGCCCCGUGAAGACGGUCAAGCCGCUCAUUGAAGCCAAGUCUGAAUUGGGCAAUCUCACCCACAUCAUGGACGUCUUGGAGCUGAAUGCUGUCUCUGACCGAGAGAUUGCUCUUCUCUCUGGUGGAGAGUUGCAGCGGUUUGCUAUCGCCCUUGUUUGCGUGCAAAGGGCGGAUGUGUACAUGUUUGAUGAACCUUCGUCAUACCUUGAUGUCAAACAACGUCUUAGCGCCGCCAGAACCAUUCGCGAACUUCUCCGACCCGACGACUAUGUCAUUGUUGUCGAACACGAUCUGUCAGUCCUCGACUACCUCUCCGAUUUCAUCUGCGUUCUCUACGGUAGACCUGCUGUGUAUGGAGUGGUGACUCUUCCUGCCUCGGUUCGGGAAGGCAUCAACAUCUUCCUCGACGGCAAUAUCCCCACUGAGAACUUGCGCUUCCGUGAGGAAAGUCUGACCUUCCGCAUCGCCGAAGCUGGUGAGGACUAUAUGGUCGACAAGGCCCGUGCCUUUGAGUACCCCUCCAUGGAAAAGACCCUCGGAUCUUUUCACCUGAAGAUCGAAAAGGGCAGGUUCACCGAUUCGGAGAUCAUUGUCAUGAUGGGAGAAAAUGGUACAGGCAAAACAACCUUCUGUAAAAUGCUCGCUGGCGUGGAGAAGCCCGACGGCACUCAGAAGGUCCCUGCCAUGAACAUUUCGAUGAAACCUCAAAAGAUCACUCCGAAGUUCCAGGGUACUGUCCGCCAGCUCUUCUUCAAGCGCAUCAAGGCGUCCUUCCUAAGCCCGCAGUUCCAGACAGAUGUAUACAAGCCACUUAAGAUCGACGACUUUAUCGACCAGGAAGUGCAGAACCUGUCUGGUGGUGAGUUGCAGCGUGUGGCUAUUGUUUUGGCACUCGGCCUCCCAGCAGACAUCUACUUGAUCGACGAACCAUCCGCGUACCUAGAUUCUGAGCAACGUAUCAUAGCGGCGCGCGUGAUCAAGCGUUUCAUCAUGCACAGCAAGAAGACUGCCUUCAUUGUCGAACACGAUUUCAUCAUGGCCACCUACCUUGCCGACCGUGUGAUCGUGUUUGACGGCAAACCAUCUGUGGACGCCCGUGCCAACACACCCGAAUCCCUACUGACUGGCUGCAAUAAGUUCCUCAAGAAUUUGGAUGUCACCUUCCGUCGGGACCCUAACUCGUACCGUCCGCGUAUCAACAAGUACCAGUCCCAAUUGGACCAAGAGCAGAAACUAUCCGGGAACUACUUUUUCCUGGAGGAAUCGAGUUGA